GAUCGUGAACUUGGAUAUACCGCUGAAGUCACUACAUCGCGUUACUAGGGUUCUGGCCGUGGAAAGACCGCGCUUGGAAGUUUGCUUGAAUUACGAUUCUAUAGGCCGCUGGAUGAAUGCAUUUCGAAUAGGUUAUAGACUCGUGUCUCAUAAACAAAGGCAUGGAGAGAUAAAAACCCAGGAAAGGUUCGCGAGUCGACCGAGCGCUAUCGAAAGGGCCAUAUGAAGGAACAUAACGAACGCCACAAAGCUUGGGUUGCAAAAACCCCAGGAAAGAUGAAGGCGUUUCAGAAAAAGCAUAAUGAGCUAGCUGAUGACUCUCAAAGUCAACAUGCGCAAUUAAGUGGCGAAGCCAAGCCUCAUAUCAGCGAUAACGACAAUGAUUCCCAGUUUGACCUUGAUUCAAUUGAGUUGUGCGAAACUGAACCUGGUGAUUACAGCUUGGGCUCAAAAAGACCUUCCCAUGACUACUGGGAGACCACUACGGACGUAAGGAAGCGAAUAGAAGAAUUCAUAAGGGCAGAGAAGUUUAGAAGCAUUGUUUCGGGACAAGCUCGCGUGAGGAAUAGAGAACAUGGCUCUUCCAUUCCUUUACCGCGGGCUCUGGACAAAGUCAUGAGCGGCCAUCUCAGGCACACACCUCUAAAUCGCCAGUAUGAAAAGAAUGCCUUUUCUAGGUCCUUCACUCAACAACGAAGUAAUCAAGCUUAACAACGAAGUAAUCAAGCUUAUCGAUGAAAGUGAAGUUUUCGAGAUCCUGGUUCCGAGUGCUCCCGUUGCCUGUUAAUCGGCCGAAAGAAGCUU